ACAUUAAUGGAAUAACCCCGAGAUUUUCUUUACAAAGUAUCCAAUUAGAUUUGGGACAGCGAAAGUGUUGUAGGGUUCUGUCCGAAUCUAAACAGAGAAGAGAGAAGGGUUUUGUCCGAAUCUAAAGUGUUCUAGAGUUUUGUCCGAAUACUAUGGUUCUCAAACCUUUCGCAGCCGUGACGGCGAGGGAAGGGUGUUCGAGCGAGUUGGAGAGGGAGGCCAUGGAGGUUUCAUCGGGCGUUGACGAUUCGCGCCAGAGAAAGCGUAAGGCCGAGCUCGAUCCAGAGGAAGAGAGCGAUGGUGAGAUUGGAGAAGGCAGAAUUGAGGAGAGCGAGGAUGAUGAUGACAAAGAUCCCUUAGCGGUGCCAGAGUGGGAUGUGGACAGCUUCGAUGGUGUGGUCUAUACUUCCUCUUCGGAGCCUGAUCGUGAAAUCAUGGAGAAAGCUAUCAAUGACUAUCGCAUCUGUAAAAAACAGCUCAUCACCAGCAAGGGUUUCAUGGUGGAUCCAUCGCUUAGGCCACAUUAUUUGUACAAAAGAAUCGGCCACUUAAAUUUUAAUGACAGUGGAUUCAACAGAGAUUACUGUGAAAAGAUGGUCUCUGUAUGUCUUGAGAGGCAUAACCAAGACAAGGGUUCGAAUGUGGAGUUUGUUGAAGUGGUGAGAGCUAACUAUCGAGGGGGUCCGAGACCCAAGUCAUACAUUACAUUCAUGGCCAGGGAGAAACCGGAUGGGCCUCUUGUUGAGUAUCAAGCCAAAGGUAUGGCUACUCUUGACAGGAAGAAGCAUCCCAUCCUCUGUAGAGCGUCUCCUACGCCAACGCCUCAAAACCAAAACUUCUAGUCAUAUAUAAGGUUCUCUGGAACCAUUUUUCGAUAAGGCUCAAACAUGUUUAGCAAUAUUUCAUAGUUGGCUUUGUCUUAGAGCUUUGCUUGCAUAAAAUUGGUUCACCGUACUCCUACAAUAUGCUGGUAUUUAGCAAUAUUAUGCCAAUCGCUUAGAUUUUUGGUUGGA